GGAAGCAGUUUCCGAAACCCGAGGAGGUGCGGAGGUGGCUUAUCCCUUUCCGAGCCCCACCCCUGAAAGUUGCUGGGAGCGGCACCCAGAGAACUUUCCCAGAUCGAUCCCCGCCCGCGUUCAGGGAGGUCUGCCCGGCUCUGCGCUCAGCCUGCGGCCGGGAGCCACCUCGCGCUGCCUGCCAAGCCCCUCCUUCGCUGCAUCUUCUAGGGCCGCAGAGGGGAGGGUCGGCUAGAAUCGCCUCCCGAAGAAGUCGCACCGGUUUUUCGUGCUCGGCUGGACGCCGGGAAGAGACACGACCGCGGGAGCCCGCGGGAGCUUCGGGCCCGGGAGGGAUAACAACAUCUUCUAUGGGAACGAGAAUCGGCUUCCUUGUGUGAAUACCCAGCAGAUUGUUGUAUGAGAGUACCAAGAACCAGAAAGCCACCGUCUACAUUUCAGAUCAGCACAUACCAUCAAUUCUAAGAGUCCAUGUUGAUCUUGGAAGUAGAAGGAUUUAAAAGAGUUAAGUUUCCCCAGAGAACAAGAACCUUACCAUCUCCUUUAGCUCUGAAGGCUGGCAGACAAUGGAUAUCAUAGAGACAGCAAAACUUGAAGGUCAUUUGGAAAAUCAAACCAAUAACUCUACCAACACUUACACAAGCCCCAGUGAGACUGUAGAAGAUGGAAACAAAAAUGGCAAUGGUAAACCCAAGAGCUUAUCCAACGGGCUACGAAAGGGUGCCAAAAAGUACCCGGACUACAUCCAGAUUUCUAUGCCCACUGACUCCAGGAACAAGUUUCCCCUGGAGUGGUGGAAAACGGGCAUUGCCUUCGUGUAUGCUCUCUUCAACCUUGUCCUGACAACAGUCAUGAUCACCGUCGUGCACGAGAGGGUCCCUCCCAAGGAGCUCAGCCCUCCACUCCCAGACAAGUUCUUUGAUUAUGUCGACCGGGUCAAAUGGGCAUUUUCUGUAUCAGAAAUAAAUGGGAUCGUAUUAGUUGGGUUAUGGAUCACCCAGUGGCUUUUUCUGAGAUACAAAUCCAUAGUGGGGCGCAGAUUCUUCUUCAUCAUCGGAACGCUGUACCUGUAUCGCUGCAUAACUAUGUAUGUCACCACGUUACCUGUGCCCGGAAUGCACUUCCAGUGUGCUCCGAAGCUCAAUGGAGACUCUCAGGCAAAAAUACAACGGAUUCUCCGGUUGAUUUCUGGCGGUGGAUUGUCCAUAACGGGAUCACACAUCCUGUGUGGAGACUUCCUCUUCAGCGGUCAUACGGUUGUGCUGACACUUACUUACUUGUUCAUCAAAGAAUAUUCGCCUCGUCACUUCUGGUGGUAUCAUCUAGUCUGCUGGCUGCUGAGUGCUGCCGGGAUCAUCUGCAUUCUUGUGGCACAUGAACACUAUACCGUUGAUGUCAUCAUUGCCUACUAUAUCACAACACGGCUGUUUUGGUGGUACCAUUCCAUGGCCAAUGAAAAGAACUUGAAGGUCUCUUCCCAGACAAAUUUCUUGUCUCGGGCUUGGUGGUUCCCCAUCUUCUAUUUUUUUGAGAAAAACGUACAAGGCUCCAUUCCUUGCUGCUUCUCCUGGCCACUGUCCUGGCCCCCUGGCUGCUUCAAGUCAUCAUGCAAAAAGUAUUCCCGGGUCCAGAAGAUCGGGGAGGAUAAUGAGAAGUCUACAUGAGCCGCCGACCCGGCAGCAGCUUUCCUACCGGAAGAGUCCGUGCUAUAACCAAAGACGCAGCUUCAUGUUUAUUUUCAGAGUACUGACUGGUGAAUGACGUGGACCAAAUUUUGUGCAAAAGAUCGGAACAACGAAUGAAGUAUUACCUUUUGGCUUUUUUUUUUUUUUUUUUUAAAUUCAUCCCAAGAAAUGUAUAUUUUCCUGCAGCUCUUCACUCAUGGGUGACAGAGUCCCCCAAACUGGGAUUUCAAAGAGGUGAUGAAGAGCACACCGUGCCUCUCCUCAUUCUUCCUCCACUUCCACAUUCUUUCCAGAUUUUGUUUUUCCCUUCAAGGUCAGAAGAGUUUGCUAAUGUUUUGAAUAAAAUGUCUGGAUGUGUACAGCUACUGUGUGAAAACAGGCAGUGAUGGUGGGAGCAGGUUUCCACCACGAAGCUCACUGAGGGCAUGCCACAGGUGGGUUCGGGUCAAGUGCACUUUGUUUCUGCCCUGUCUGGGGGGAGGUGGGGUGCUGUCUGGGAUUUGCUUUGCUGCCCCCCCCCCCCAA